AUGACGUCACCGCUAACGCGCACAGCCAAGAGGUCUGAGGUGAGGACGCAUGUGUUGUCACUGCUGGAUCGACACUGCGCAGUUUUAAGCUCCUACAGGUGGACGGAGUUUGAUGAUGAAUUUCUUACCAAAAAUGUGGAGUCAGUCAGUGUAGCGGAUUUAACUGGUCCAAAACUUGUGGAUCUGAAGGUUCACAACCUUUGUAUCCAUAUUUUCUCUCUGAAUGAUGACAGUCCCAGCAUGCUUGCUCUUGAAGAGGAGGAGGAGCUUUCUGCUGCCAAUCACUGGCUCCUCCCAGCAGCUGAGUUUCAUGGCAUUUGGGAAAGCUUGAUUUAUGAGGAAGGCAUCAAAACACAACUCUUGGAUUAUGUUUCGACAACAAUUUUCUUCUCUGACAGAAACGUCGACAGCAAUUUGAUUGCCUGGAAUCGUGUCGUGUUACUUCACGGGCCGCCUGGCACAGGGAAGACGUCUCUGUGUAAAGGACUUGCCCAGAAACUCUCCAUCAGACUGUCUGGCAGGUAUGCACACAGCCAGUUCGUGGAGAUUAACAGCCACAGCCUCUUCUCCAAGUGGUUCUCAGAGAGCGGGAAACUGGUCACAAAGAUGUUUCAGAAGAUUCAGGAGCUCAUCGACGAUAAAGACGCUCUGGUGUUUGUCCUGAUAGACGAGGUGGAGAGUCUCACAGCCGCGCAGAGCGCCGCUCAAGCAGGCACAGAGCCGUCUGACGCUAUUAGGGUGGUCAAUUCAGUUCUGACCCAGCUCGACCAGAUCAAACGGCACCCAAAUGUUGUCAUCCUCACCACAUCCAACGUCACAGAAAAGAUCGAUCUGGCCUUUGUGGACAGAGCUGAUAUAAAGCAGUACAUCGGCCCCCCGAGUGCCAGCGCCAUCUUCAACAUCUAUCUGUCCUGUCUGGAGGAACUCAUGAAGCAUCAGAUCAUCUACCCCAGACAGCAGCUGCUGAGUUUGGAGGAACUGGGCACCAUGAACUUCAUGGAGAGCGACGUGACCCGUCUGAGCUUAACGCUGAGGAACAUCGCCCAGAGGAGUGUGGGACUCAGUGGAAGAGCUUUGAGGAAAAUCCCAUUUCUGGCUCAUGCGCUCUAUGGAAAGUCCUCCACAAUGACAGUCGAGGGUUUUCUGAAAGCGAUGGAGUGCGCCGUAGACAAACAGAGACAGGAACAGGCGAGUUUGAUCAACUGUGUUUGA